AUGGCCCGGCACGCCGUGCACCUCCCCACCCCAUGCAGCCCGUAUGGCUUCACACACCUGGCAGCGCGCCUCAGCCAAUCAGAAGCCGAGGAGGCGGCGGCCGCGUUCCAUCCCGGUGCGUCGUAGCCAAUGGCGAGAGGCGGCGGGGCCGGGGGGGGGCGUGGCCUCCGCCGGUACCGGGCCGCGCGGCGGAGCGCUCCCCGCCGGGCCCCCCGGCCGCGGCCGCCCCGCAUGGAGCCGCAGCGCCCCCCCCGCCCCCCCCCCGCCGCCUGCUCCCUGCUGCUGCCGCCUCCCAGCGCCGCCUCCUCCUCCUCCUCCGCCGCCCGCCGCCGCCGCGCUCGCCGCCGCCUCCCCCCUCCCGAGCCCGACGGGGCCCCGCAGGGUCCGCUGCCCCGCCGGGGGGGGGCUCGGGGCUGGCUGCGGCGCCUGGGGGAGCCCCUGGGGCUGGCCCCCCCCGAGCAGGAGGCGAUGCUGCGGGUGCUGGACGCGGGGCUGGAGCGGUGCCUGGCGCUGCACGCCGCCUGCAUCCCCUUUCCCCCCCCCAGAAAGCCCCUGGGCAAGGCGGGCAUCGACGAGGUGAUGGCAGCGGCGGUGCUCACCAGCCUCUCCACCAGCCCCCUGGUGCUGGGCCACCCCCCGGCACCCCCCGCCCCAGAUCCCGGUGGCGAGCCCUGGCUGGAGGCGCCCCCCAUGUCCUCCAGCUGCAGCAGCAGCAGCAACACCAGCGGGGACUGGAGUUGGGACCCCCCCAGCGACCGCUCCACCCCCUCCACCCCCUCGCCCCCACUCUCCGGCCACGUUCCCGGUGCCUUCCUGCCCGCCCCGCCGCCGGACGAGGGCCCCGACGAGCCCGACGGCACCCACUUCGUUUUCGGGGAGCCCAUCCCGCGGAAGAGGAAGCCCUCCACCAAGGUGAUGUUCAAGUGCUUGUGGAAGAGCUGCGGCAAAGUCCUCAGCAGCUCCUCAGGGAUGCAGAAGCACAUCCGAACCGUGCACCUUGGCCGCAAAGCCGACCUCGAGCAGAGCGACGGCGAGGAGGACUUCUACUACACGGAGCUGGACGUGGACGUGGACUCGCUGACGGACGGGCUCUCCAGCCUCACCCCCGUUUCUCCCACCUCCUCCGUCCCCCCCAUCCUUCCCGCACUGAGGCGCUGCCCAGCCCCGAAUUACCGCUGCCCCCCCCCCGUAAGCCCCCCGGUGCCCACCCCCCCCGGCGGCCUGUGCCACGUCCACACCGACCACGCGUACCAGGGCUGCCCGGCCCCCCCGCGGCUCCCGGGGGGGGACAAGCGGCCUCCGGUGCCCCCCACCCCGGUGGGGCUGACGCCGGCGGUGCCCACCCCACUGCUGCCCAAGCCGCCCGCUGUCCCCAGGAAGCCGCGGGGGGAGGCCAAGAAGUGCCGCAAGGUGUACGGCAUGGAGAACCGCGAGAUGUGGUGCACGGCCUGCCGCUGGAAGAAGGCCUGCCAGCGCUUCCUCGACUGAGCCCCCCCCCUCUUUUUACCUGUCCCCCCCCCCUUUUCUUCUUGCACAUUUUGCACUUGAGGUGCCUUUGCGCCCCCCCCCCUUUUUUGUCUCCCCCCCUCCCUCAAACCCCGGGGCCCCCCGCCGGACUCAGGGAACGGCCCCGCGCUGCCGCGGCCAUGGGGGGGGCCCAUGGGGCAUGGGGGGGGCCAUGUGCACCAGGGCCUGACCCUGACCCGCCAGCGCUCCCCCCACCCCAAAAAAAAAAAAAAGCUUUAUGCACACAGCCCCCCCGCCCCCAUCACCACCACAGAGCUUUUCCCUCUUUUUUCCUUUGAAAAUAAGCUAAAUCUUUCUCUGUCCCCCCCCCCCCCUUUGCUGGCACAGCGGUGGGGGCUGGCUGGGGGGGGCAGCCAGCUUCUCCCACCCCCAUAUGGGGUUGGGGUCCCGUGGAGCCCCCCCCCUUUAGGGCAGGGGGCUGCCCGCUGCUCAAAUAAGCUGUGCCUGGGGCCGGGGGGGGGCCUCACCGGGGUGCCUGUUCCUGCCCCCCACCCGCGUGUCCCUGAGCUGGGGCAGGCUGGGCACCCUGGGGUGCCCGAGGUGGAUGUGGGUGCCCCCCCCCCGGGGGGUUUUUACUCUUUGUAUCGUAUUUUCUCUCGAUUUUUUUUGUAACUGGGGAGCAGCCGCUCCCGCCGGGGGCCGUGCUCCGGGAAGUGCCUGCAGGAACGCGCCCAUUUGCACUAAGCCAAACUGCACAAAGACGUUUCUUUUUUUUUUUUUUUUCUUUUUUUUUUUGUUUUUUUUUCUCCUUUGUGUGUUUUUAUUUUUUAAAUAAAAUAUAUAAAAAGUCCUAUUUUUUAAACUACUCCCUCCCCGGGUCCUGCCCCCGGGGCUGUACAGGGCUUUAUGGCCUUCACCCCUCUUUUCCCCCAUCCCGUCCUGCUCCAGGGCUGCUCCCCCUUGUUUGUAGGGGGGGUCCCCAUUGCAGGGUGCCCCCCCCCAGCAGGGGGUCCGGCUGCUUUGGCCCCGUGGGCUGGGACGGGCCCGUGCCAGGCUCAGCCCUCGCUCAGUGUCCGGCUGCGGCGCCGAGCUGGGAUGUGUCAGAUCCAGAAAAAAAUAAAAAAAGAUUUGGAUUCUUUUUUUUU